AUGGCGUCGUCCUUGGUUCGGAUGUCUGUGAGCACAACUGCAAAUCCGAUUUUUAGGCGGCUCGUAAAACCGUCUGCUGUUUCAUUUUUUAACAAAAGAUUAAAUUUUCAGUCUCGUUUCAUUUCGACGUCCAAAAAAAACAAGGAUGCUGUGGCGGCGGGGCACCAUCACGUCGACCAACCCGUUGCUCCUGCUGAAAAAUUAGAAAAAUUGGAAGACAAAGAAGAGAACUGGAUAUCUUAUGGAUAUAGUUUGGUAGAUAGAGACAGUGAUGAAUUUUCACAUCAUAUAAUAUUCUUUGGAGGGAUUACAAUCUGCAUUUGCUUUGGUUCAUUUCUAUUUGCAUACUUCCCUGAUUACAAAGAUGUUGCAUGGACACAGAGGGAGGCGUAUUUGGAGUUGGAGAGAAGGAGGGCAGCAGGAAAACCUCUUAUUGAUGCAAACCUCAUUGACCCUGCUAAAAUUCAACUUCCAGAUGAUGAGGAACUUGGCAACUAUGAAAUAAUUGUUUAA